GGCUGAAGGGGAAUCACUAGACUUUAACGCUAUGACGAAACAUUUUCUUGCUUGCUAAAAAAGCUCUGUUAACAAGCUAAGCUACAAUUAUAUCUUUAACUUGAAUUUUAUCAUCAGAUUCCUUUUUAGAAGUGAGUGAUUUAAAUCUUAUAACAACGAAUUAACAAAAGUUGAUACUAAGACAUGAAUACAGUUAAUUCAUUAAAGCGUCCAUUACCAGUGCCAAGCGAUCCUUUGAAAUUGUUGAUUUGCAGUAAUUGCAAAAUAGAUAAUGUUGUUUUAAACCUGAAAACUUGUGGAUGCCUUUUCUGUAACUCUUGUGAUACUCGAGAUAAAUGUAUUUCAUGUAAUUCUGCGCUCGAUCAAAAGAUAAAGUUGUCAUUCACAAAGAAUUUAAAAUGCAAGUAUUAUGAACACAACAAAUGCUAUAAUAAUGCCGUAUACAAGUGUAGAUGUCUGCCGAACUGUUUUGUUUGUAGCUCAUGCCUCAACUACAUUCAUAGGAAAAGGGCCCGCGAAUCUUGUGUUCCUGAAUUGUUGACCCACGGAAUCACCACUAAUGAAGAACUAUGUCAAUUGUGCAAAGAAUUUUAUGUCGGAUUUAGAAUGACUUCACAGCCGUAUUCAAAAAUUUGUUUGGAUUGUAAAACAAAUAGUAAUGCUGUAUGUACUCCAAUUGAAGAAACUUCUGAUACAAAAGUAGAUUGGAAUCAGUUUUAUAAAGAUUUUGAACAAUCUUCACAAAAUUUGUCAUAUAAAAUACAAACAAUUAAGGCUGAAUUAGUAUCAAACAGAUUAGUAUCAAGCAUCAAGAAAAGUAAAUGCGAAAAGGUAAUAUCUGACAUUCAGAGAUGUCUGUACAAAUAUGAUGUACAAUAUCAAGUACAUUUUUCAUCACUUGAAAAGCAACUUGACGAUUUCAUAAAGAUCACAAAUAUUUUGAAGCCUGAUGGAAAAGUUAAGACUAUUCUGGAUCUACUCAAAAAUAAACAACUGAACUUUCACGGAGAACCAGGAAAAGAGCAAAUAAUUAAUCUGGUGAACUAUUAUCAAGAAAAAAAUAGCUACAAUCCUCGGUGUCCUUUAGCUGAACAAAUCAAGACAUUUAUUAUACAAAAUGAUUCAAGUAGGCAACAUCUUUUGCAAUUUCCAUUGCCUUUAUCAUUCAACUCAGCGAAGUCGGAUGUAAGUGUUCAAGAAAUUGUCGACAAUGGAGUCAAGCCUUUUGUUAUUUUGGUUGAGAUACCAUCUACAGUAAAUAAGCGUAAAAAAAUACUCGAAGAUAUUGAGAAACAUCAAGAUAAAUGGGUGCGCAAAAAAAAGUUUGCUGUGAACAACAUUGUGGUUAUUUUUGAUGCUGAUGCGCUUUCCGGUCCUAAAUACAAGAGGGCUAAAAUUUUGGAACGAGGAGAUGACAUGUCCAAAGUCUUUCUCCUUGACUUUGGCUUUGAAAUCGUAGUCGAAAAUAGUUCAGUUGGUAAAAUUAACGAAAUCAAUAUUGAUGGACAAAAAACUUGUUUCCUUGCUCAACUCACGGGAAGUGUUAAUUUUAAAAGUUAUUAUGAUAAUCAAUGGCAUUUUAUCUCCAAAAUUUUCCAAUUCCAAAAUGAAUAUCCUAAGGCUCAGCACUUACAUGUAAUUGACUAGUCAGAGCGAAGUUUCUUUUCAAUUUUUUUUAUAAUUCAAACUGUAUUGCAUACUGAUUACUGAUAAUUUGAUUGCAACUUUCGUUGCCUUCAAAUAUUAACCCUAUUGUAACAAAUUCAUGUAUCAAAAAGGUAUAACCUGUCAUCUUAUAUCAUAACCAUCAUAAAGAAAUUUUUUUAAUAAAAUC